AUGACUACAGUCAAGGCUAUCAACAAAGAUGAUGUCUUGAAGAGUCCUAGAUAUGCAGUCAAACAUUAUAGAAGAUUGCUAAUUGAGUUGGCUAGAGCAGAAGAUCCAAAUUUAGAAUUUGAUGAAUAUUCAGAACAAAAUAGAUUCAUGGUGCCAAUCAUUAAUUCGUCCGUAUUAGUUUACGAGAAGUCAAAUGAUUUUGCCAACUUCUAUAUUGAUAUUGUAUUGAGGUAUGCAAAAGCAUUACUUGCAAAAGGUGAGUUGGAUACGUCAAUAUACGUGUUAAAGGAAAUAAUAGACGACGAUGAGCUUUUCUAUAAGCUAGGUGAUGCAGAAAGAUUAUCACAAUGUUGCAGAUUACUUAGCAAGGUUUGCCCUAGAAAUGAAGAUAAAGUAGCGUAUUUAGAUAGGUCUAUUAAUAUGCUCAGAUCUACUUUUUCCUCAAUAGUUUUAGACGAAAACUAUUUAAUCCAAGACAACUCUAGAAUUACUGAUGAACUAGUUUCAUGCUUAAAUGGAUUAGCAUUUACAUUCGCAAAGGCCAGUUCUUCCCAUGGCAAGGAAAAGGAUUUAUAUUUACUGAAGGCGCUAAAUAUAUAUUUGGCUAACCUUAAAAAGUUAAGUCUGGUACAACAAUCUAUCACUUAUUCAGAACAAAAUCAGGCUAGCUAUCCAUUGUUCAAUUGUGAUCCAAACAAUAUGAAGAUGGUAAUAGCUGAGAUUAAAGCUCAUGUUGCUGAAAUUAUGUGGGCAAAGGGCUACAAGAAGAAUGCCAUAUCCUGGGGCGAAGAUGUGGUAGAGGAGAUUUAUUUCGUUCAUAGUAGUGAAACAAGGGCGUCGCCUAUAUUGAUAAGUGUUUUACGUAAUUUGAUUAUAAUGUAUGAAGAUAUCAAAGAUGUCAGGUCAAUAAAGAGAUGUGAAAAAUUGCUUGGUGAAUUGUCAAUUUUCGAAUUAAAUGAAUCUUCAUGGUAUGAUAAUGUUAUCAACCGCUUCUGCAAGAUAAUUUACAAUAAGGGCCCUCUUGGCAUAAUAGAAAAAUCGUUAUCAGAAAGAUUCGGUAGUCCUCAACCUAUAUUGGAGAUUGAAGAAUUCGAAGAUGAAGAUAAAGAAUAG